AUGUGGCGAUAUGAGAUCGGAUUGGUGAUAUUACUGGGAUUUGUAUAUUCUGAGGAAAUCUGCCCAGCAGGCCCAAAUGGACGAGAAUUGAGGUGUGCGAGAGCGUGUUGUGAGAGUUUAGAGGGACCUGGAUCGGAACAAGGUUUUUAUUGUUGCGACACACCGCUUCGCGAGGUUCACACACAAAAUCACGGCCGACCCGAGCGAUUCUUCGCUGGCACAACCGGCACCUCAUUCCAAAUCGAUUACACUCUAUUGUUGAUUGGAUUGAUUGUUUCAAUUGUUCUAUCAGUUCUCCUCUCAUUCUUUUGUUGUUUACUUUGCAAUGGUUGUUGGUUGCAUCGACGAAGGAAUCCUCAUAUGUAUGAGACAGUAAACGAUAGUGGAUUCUAUCCAAUAUGUUGCGGCUUCGGUAUUCCAAUGGGCACUGUUGUCUUCUCAACUCAUCCACCACAAUAUCGCGAAGAAAAUGAGAUGUACCAUGGAAGUAGCACAUCAAGUCUACCAUCCAGUAAACAAAGGGUUCGUUUCAACCCCGACGGAACUCCCCGAGGAGUGCUCAAGAAUGGAAACAGUCCACGAAAUGACUAC